GACGAACAAGAGGCCUUGAAAUCCAUCAUGAAGGACCUGGUAGCACUCCAGAUGAGCCGACGUCACAGGCUGACUGGCUAUGAUACCAUGAAGAAUAAAGACACUGCUCACUCCAACAAGCAGAAAAAACACAAUGCCAGCAGUCCACCCGUCUUGGGCAGCCCUGCAAUAACAAACCAGUGUGCCUCUGCAGUGGAAGAAAAAAAAAUUCCGAAUGAUGUCAGGAUCAAGUUUGAACAUAACGGGGAAAGACGAAUUAUCCCAUUUGUCCGUCCCGUGCGCUAUGAAGAUGUGCAACAGAAAGUGAAAACAGCCUUUGGCCAGCCACUGGACCUCCACUACAUGAACAACGAGCUCUCCAUUCCUUUGAAAAAUCAAGAUGACCUGGACAAAGCAGUAGAUCUCCUAGACCGAAGCUCUAAUUUGAAAAGCCUUAGAAUAUCAUUGCUGUCUCAGGACAGAAACCAUACCUGUUCUUCACCCCAUUCUGGACUGCCCAAACAAGUCAGGAUUAAAACUUCCCAAUCUGUGGGGGAUGUGAACACACCCUAUCAACAGCCCGAACCCAGAAGUAGGCAUCUGUCUGUCAGCUCCCAGAACACAGGCCGUAGUUCACCACCGCCUGGGUACGUUCCAGAGAGGCAACAACGCAUUGCUCGGCAGGGUUCCUACACCAGCAUCAAUAGUGAAGGCGAAUUCAUCCCAGAAACCAAUGAACAGUGUAUGCUGGACCCUUUAAGCAGUGCCGAAAACUCGGUGUCAGGAAGCUGCCAGUCCUUGGACAGGUCAGCAGACAGUCCUUCUUUUCGGAAGUCACGGAUGUCAAGGGCACAAAGCUUUCCUGAUAAUAGACAGGAGUUCUCAGACCGUGAGAAUCAGGUCUAUGACAAAGCGGGGAAAGGUGGGACCUACCCUCGGCGCUAUAACGUCUCCAUGCAGCACAAAGACUACAACGACGGCCGGCGAACAUUUCCCCGGAUACGGCGUCACCAAGGGAAUCUCUUCACCUUGGUCCCUUCAAGUCGUUCCUUAAGCACCAACGGAGAAAACCUGGGCCUGGCGUUGCAGUACCUGGACCCCCGCGGACGCCUGCGCAGCGCAGACAGCGAAAACGCCCUUGGUGUGCAGGAGAGGAACAUUCCCACCAAAUCUCCAAGUGCUCCAAUAAACUGGCGACGAGGAAAACUACUGGGCCAGGGUGCCUUUGGUCGUGUGUAUUUGUGCUAUGACGUGGACACGGGCAGAGAGCUUGCAGCUAAGCAGGUCCAGUUUGACCCAGAGAGUCCUGAAACAAGCAAGGAAGUGAGUGCUCUGGAGUGUGAAAUUCAGCUGCUGAAGAAUCUCCAGCAUGAACGUAUUGUUCAGUAUUAUGGCUGCUUACGGGAUCGAGCAGAGAAGACCUUGACCAUCUUCAUGGAGUACAUGCCAGGGGGGUCAGUGAAAGACCAGCUGAAGGCGUAUGGUGCUCUCACGGAAAAUGUAACCCGGAAAUACACUCGCCAGAUUCUCGAGGGAGUCUCGUACCUACACAGCAACAUGAUUGUGCACAGGGACAUAAAGGGAGCCAAUAUUCUCCGUGACUCUGCUGGGAAUGUGAAGCUUGGGGACUUUGGGGCCAGCAAACGGCUGCAGACAAUCUGUAUGUCUGGAACAGGCAUCCGAUCUGUCACUGGCACACCAUAUUGGAUGAGCCCAGAGGUGAUCAGCGGGGAAGGCUAUGGAAGAAAAGCAGACGUAUGGAGCCUCGGUUGUACUGUGGUGGAAAUGCUGACAGAGAAACCACCCUGGGCAGAGUACGAAGCCAUGGCAGCCAUCUUCAAAAUCGCCACCCAACCAACCAACCCCCAGCUCCCCUCCCACAUAUCAGAACAUUGCCGGGACUUUCUAAAGCAGAUCUUUGUGGAAGCCAGGCACAGACCCUCUGCUGAAGAGCUGCUCAGACAUCAGUUUGCACAGCUCCAGUACUGAAUUACCUCCCUCGCUAGCAGCUCCUGCUGGGCUUUCGGUGCCCCGUCUGGUCUAGUUGCAACUGCCCGUUGUGGUGCUGCAUCUUCAAAAUGCCAACUCAGCUGUCCUAGUCCUUUGGGGAAAUUAUGCCAAGGAACCUAGGGUCCGCUCUUGUGCCUGAUACCUUUGUUUGCUGGACUAAUGUUUAUUCUACCGACAGCUGUCCAAACAGAGCUGCAUUUUUUUGCCCUAGUUACCUUGAUGUGAAAUUGCAGCUGGCUGCAUGUUUUCUGCAGGCCCGAGAAUGGGAAUCUGAGAAGUAUCUCACUGGUUGAAC